UCCCACCACCACUCACUUAACUGCAAAGAGACUCUGCUCCGGCUUUAGUGCACAUGUCUGCUUCUGUGUAGAGUCAGUUAGCUUGAGGUUAGCUUGUAACCUGCUAACAACGCAGUAUUCAACGGAUGCUGUAGAUUUCAGGGCUAUUUUACUUAAACGUCUGGUGGAGGUAUGAAUCUCUCCAAGGUCCAGAUCUUGCUGGCAUGGAUUCUUGGUGUACUUGCCGGUCCAGUGUUCUGCUCGGAGGUUGAGACACGUCUGGUGAAAACGCUGUUCACUGGUUACAACAAGGUGGUUCGCCCCGUCAACCACUUCAGUGAAGCCGUAGUGGUCACCGUGGGACUACAGCUGAUACAGCUCAUCAGUGUGGAUGAAGUUAACCAGAUUGUGACCAGCAAUGUUCGUCUCAAACAGCAAUGGCUCGAUGUGAACCUGAAUUGGAAUCCAGAUGAAUACGGAGGCAUCAGGAAGAUCAGAGUCCCUUCACCCGACAUAUGGAAACCAGACCUGGUGCUGUACAACAACGCUGACGGCGACUUUGCCAUCAUCCACGAAACCAAAGUCCUGUUGGAGCACACCGGGAUGAUAACGUGGAACCCUCCGGCCAUCUUUAAGAGCUACUGCGAGAUCAUCGUCCUCCAUUUCCCGUUCGACCUGCAGAACUGCAGCAUGAAGCUGGGCACCUGGACGUACGACGGACUGCUGGUCGUCAUCAACCCAGACAAUGAUCGGCCUGACCUCAGCAACUUCAUGGAGUCUGGUGAAUGGGUGCUAAAGGACUACCGGAGCUGGAAACACUGGGUUUACUACACCUGCUGCCCCGACACGCCAUACCUCGACAUCACCUACCACUUCCUGAUGCUGCGUCUGCCUCUCUACUUCAUUGUCAACGUCAUCAUUCCCUGCAUGCUGUUCUCGUUCCUCACCGGACUGGUCUUCUACCUGCCCACCGACUCCGGUGAAAAGAUGACUCUCUCCAUCUCCGUCCUGCUGUCUCUGACCGUCUUCCUGCUGGUCAUCGUGGAGCUGAUCCCCUCCACCUCCAGCGCCGUGCCUCUCAUCGGGAAGUACAUGCUCUUCACGAUGGUGUUCGUCAUCGCCUCCAUCAUCAUCACCGUCAUCGUCAUCAACACGCACCACCGCUCGCCCAGCACGCACACCAUGCCCGCCUGGAUACGCAAGGUCUUCAUCGAAACCAUUCCCAACAUGAUGUUCUUCUCGACGAUGAAGCGUCCCAGUCAGGAGAUCCGGCAGAAGAGGUUGUUCCCCACCGACAUGGACAUCUCCGACAUCUCAGGUAACCCCACCCCCACCAGUGUCACCUACCAGUCUCCCAUCGCCAAAAACCCGGAUGUUCGCAGCGCCAUUGAAGGGGUGAAGUACAUCGCUGAGACCAUGAAAUCAGACGAGGAAUCUAACAAUGCAGCAGAAGAGUGGAAGUUCGUGGCCAUGGUUCUGGACCACAUCCUGCUGUGUGUGUUCAUGGCCGUGUGCAUCAUCGGGACGCUCGCCGUCUUCGCCGGGAGACUCAUCGAGCUCAACACGCUGUAGAGGACCCCGACCCAUGAGGGGGUUAGGUGUGUUCUCAGGGCGUCAGCGUUCACACACACAAAAACACACACACAGUUUGAGUUGAUCUUUAAAUCACCUUCCAAUGUGCACGUUGGUGCGUUCACUGACAUUGAGGAGAACGCAGUUAAAUAGAAAUCCAUGCAUCUCCAGAUCUACAUGCGUCAUACUUGAAGGUACUCUUGUCUGUUAUUUCUGGUGUUUUUGUACAGUGUUUUAUUGCUGCCGUUCACUCUGGAGAACAUGUUACUACUCUUAUGUAAAAGCCAUAAUAAGUCAUUUGUUUUUGGCCACUUGAUUUAAGGUUUGAGUCAGAGGAUUUCCUUAAAUGUUAAAACAGACCUUUUAACACGAGAACGUUCCUCAUGAGGAUCAACUGAGGAUGGAUGCUGCACAUCAUUAGCAAAUACUGUCUGUUGAUGAUGACGAACCCCGACUCAUUACUGUAGGUCAGCCUGUUUAGAUUUGAUGUAGAAGACGUGUUUUAUUUAAAUCUAACUUAAUUACCUGAGUCUGGUUGAGGACACAGUCUUGGUCUUUGAGUGCUGGCGAGAUUUAUUCCUGUCUGGAAGUUUUAUUGUUUUCUUUCGUCUGACACUCACUUGACUUCUAAACGUGUCAUUUAUAUUCAUUGUGUAAAUAUUCAUGGCUUAGUGGCAAGGGUUGCUUGGUUGCAUGUAAAUUCCUCUUGAAUCUGCUGUACAGUCUGUUAUGAGCUCACUAGUUUUUAUUAUUUUUGGAUAAAUGAUUUUUUGUGGUUGAAAACCAGUUUAAAGUGAUCUGCUGUUAACGGUGGACUUUCUGGCGGUAUUGAGGUUCAUGAAGUUAGACGUCCGUUCGGUACACUAACUGUUGUUUCUUUGGGGAACAUGCAGUUAAUGCUGAUAAUAAUUGUGUGUGCUGUGCAGCUUUAAUUGUGCCACAGUAAAUAAAAUGAACGGACAUAACAAAAGAAGCCACAUCACAGCUCCAGUGUUGCUGCCUGAAGGUAACUUGAUUUAUUUUGCAGCUGUGACAAAAAAUAAUUGAGUUUGGUUUCUUAAUACAAUAAAGCUCUGCUGUCAUAUUGACUUGAUCAGUUGUCCAU